AUGAAGAUCUCCAAUUCUGCGGUCCCCGUCUACACUAUUAGCGGUAGUGAAGCGCGUCCUCUGCCAGAAUGGCUCAUACGACAAAGGAAAAGGAGUUUAAAGAACGACCCUGAAUUUGCGAACCGUGUCGAGCUGCUCCAAGAUUUUGGCUUCGAAGAGGCAAGCCAGUGCGUCCGAGUCAGCGAGGAUGGCGACUGGGUCAUGUCAACGGGCACAUACAGGCCCCAAAUACACACUCACUACCUGCCUCACCUGUCCCUCUCCUUUGCGCGCAAUACCAACACUCUGAACGAGACCUUCCGGCUACUAUCGAGUGACUACUCUAAAAGCGUCCAUCUUCAAGCCGACAGGGUAAUCGAAUUCCAGACCGGUGGAGGCGUCCACUACUCUACUCGCAUACCUCGAUACGGAAGAGAUCUGAUAUACGAUAGGCGAUCAGCAGAAUGUCUCGUACCUUCUGUGGGCGUCAACGCAGAUGGGCUUGGUGAAGUCUACAGGCUGAACUUGGAAGUGGGGCGAUUCAUGAGGAGUUAUGAGGUAGAUGUCGGUGGAGACGACCUCGCAACGGUGGGAAGUGGCUCGCUACAAGGAGGCAUCGAUGCUGGUGCGGUGAACACUGGUGCUAUUGCCGAAGACAGUCACAACCUUCUCGCCUUUGGCACCUCGUUAGGCACAGUUGAGUUUUGGGACUCGCGGUCAAGAAACAGGGUUGGCAUACUAUCUUCCCCACAGGAUGCGUUCGAAGGACGGUCAGAAACCACAGCGCUCACCUUCCCUCGAUCAGGACUUGAGUUGGCUGUUGGUGACUCGAAUGGACUCAUCCAUCUUUACGACCUACGAUCCCCGAAACCCCUGCUGAAGAAAGACCAAGGCUACGGCUUCCCCAUCAAAAACAUCAUCUACCUAGAAUCCAACACCUCGAGUCGCGCCCAAACCGCCGAACCCAAGAUUCUCACAGCCGACAAGCGCAUCAUCAAGAUAUGGGAUCCUCGGGACGGCGCAUCAUGGACUUCAGUUGAGCCCGCAGUCGACCUCAAUCACGUCGAAUGGGUCAAGGACACAGGCAUGCUCCUCACAGCCAAUGAAGGAAAGCAGCAGCACUCUUUCUUCAUUCCGCAGCUUGGACCCGCGCCGAAAUGGUGCGCGUUCCUGGAUAACAUUGUGGAAGAAAUGGCAGAGGACCCCAAUGAUCCAAACUCUUUCGGCAAGAGUUCGGCGGGAGAAGUCUACGACAACUUCAAGUUCUUGACCUUGGAGCAACUCAAGCAAUUGAAUCUAGACCAUCUAGUCGGGACGACGAAUCUACUACGACCAUAUAUGCACGGAUACUUUGUCGCGCAGAAACUAUACGAAGAAGCUAGACUGAUCUCGAACCCCGACCUUUGGCAGGAACAACGCGCAAAGAGUAUAGCCGAGAAGAUCAACAAAGAGCGCGAGUCCAGAAUUAGAGGAAACAAGAAGGUCGCAGUCAAGGUCAAUAGGAAACUCGCAGAGAAGAUGCUCGACAGGCAGGAGCAGAAGGAUCGGAGAAGAGCGAAGCGUGUGCUGGAGAAGGGUGGUGACGAUGACAUGGUGGAUGCUGCCAAGGCACCGGCUGUUGGUGAAAUCGAGGAACAGAGCAAGGCUGCCGAGGGCGUUCUUGCCGAUCCUCGUUUCGCACGACUGUUCCAGGACGAAGACUUCGAGGUCGAUGAGCGGUCGCACGAAUUCCAAGCUCUCAACCCCAGCACCAAAAUCCCCAAGGGCCUCACAGCUGCAGAGCAAGAAGACAUCGAGUCUAACAAGGGCUCAGACUCGGACUCGGACUCGGAAGACUCUGAAAAGGAGCAGGUACGACCGGUCAAGAAACCACAACAGAAAGAAGACCCGUCUCGCAUUUCCUCGUCCAACUACCGCAAAGCCGGACAUCGGGAUCAACGCGGUCCCCAGAUGGUCGUGUCGUCGUCCAACGCGCGCAAAUCCGGGCCCAAGCGCGACUCGACGUUUGGAACCAGAGUGUCGAAACUCAAGGAUAGAAGACCAACUUCCGGCGCAAACACUACUACCGUUGUUGGUGAGCGCGAGAUUACUUUUGCGCCAGAGAGGAAACAGAAGCAACGGACGGAGGAGAGUGGACAGCGGCAUGAUCGGAGGAAGGAUGGCAAUAGGAGGAAUGCGAGUAACAAUGUAUUUAGGACGAUGUAG